CGCUCAUUUCAAUUUUCCUCAAUGAAUGAAAAUUUUUCACGGCAAAGUGUUUUUUCGGUCGGUUCGUUUCGUUGUUUCAUGCUUGCUACGCGGUCGUCGCUGCGUCCGCAUUGGUGUUUUGUGUGCCCCCCGUUUUACGCGACCCAAAGGCCUGCCUGCCACAAAAAAAAGUUGUAAAUCCACCAAAUAGCUAAUGUAUAUACAUACUUAAAUUUCUAUUGCAUGUGCACCAGCAGGAGCAGCGGCUUUUAGAGAGAGUUAAAUAAUUUGUGAAAAGUGCUUGUGAUUUUAUCGUGUAUAUAAUAACAAAAAUAAAAAUAGUCUAUGCCUUUUGCAUAACAAAAACAACGCCAGCAGAAAGAGCACGGGAAAAUACAUAGAAGGAAAGAGCCAGAGAAAAGAAAACGAGUGACAAAAAACACGCACACACAUCAACCAACCAACCAACACACACACAAAGACACCCAGGAGACGGUGGGACGCCUACGUCAAUAAGUAAAAACGGACCAAUAUCGUGAAGACGGAAGGAUGCAGCAGCAGUCCUCGAUGAGGCAGUGGUUGUUGUUGGUGUUGUUGUUGCAGCAACACUGAAGACACACACAUACACACACAGACACACACGCAUAGAACACUAGCCUACAUGUUGCACAUGUUGCAGCUACGAAAAUGCUCAGCGCUGCCAAUGCAACAGCCACACAUGCAGCAGGAGCAGGAGCAGCAGCAGCAGCAGCAGCGAUUGCCGCAACCGAUACUUAUGUCAUAACAAACAAGAAACAACAACAGCAGCAGCAACAGCAACAUUUUGUUGUUGCCACCAACAAAAUGUUGAUACCUGCCACAGGAGCAACAACAACAGGAACAACCACAUCCACAACAGCAGCAGCAGCAGAAACAACGCAACAUCAGCAACAACAGCAACAGCAACAUGUACUGUUUCAGCCGCACUUACAUGCAACUGCAACAACAUCCACACCUCAGCAACAGCAACAGGCACCACCUCAGCCGCGCCAACAUCCCAAGAAGCGAAAAUUUGAUCCAGCAGAGCUGGACAAGGCCGAACAGCAUCCCCAGCAGCAGCAGCAGCAGCAUCUUGUGACGCUGCAGAAGCAGCAUAAAUCGGCUGAAACCAAUGGCAGCAGCGAGACGACCAAUGGCAAUGCUGCAACAUUGCAACAGCAGCAGCAGCAACAACAGCAGCAGCUACAUCGCAUGAUUGUGAAUCCUUCGCCAUUGAAUUGCGGUGCAGGCGCCAGCGAUAUCAAGCUGCAACAGCAACAGCAGCAGCAGCAGCAGCAACCACAAUCCUUACUCGAUCUCAGCGAGUGGAACAAUACCCGUGUCCUAGCCAAAAUCCAUAAUCAUUAUGCCCCAGGGAUUAUACGACAAGUGCAGGAGGCACAACCCGAUUCAAUACUCGUGGAAUUCGAUUCCACCGAACUGGGACUGCUCCUCUAUCCGGAUGUGUUCCACAAUGGACGAUAUCAUGUGAUACUCGAUGCCAGUCCACCCAUGGCAGAUAUCACGCUGGAUGCCCGGGUCUGUGUGCGACAGCGUGUGGAGGGACGCAGCUCUGGUAGCUUCGUCUAUGUGGAGGGCAUCAUCACGGACAUCAAUCAGGCCACAAAGCAAUACAGUGUCCAAUUGUUUGGUGAUGAUUCGGCCCCCACAAAGGUUGUGCGUCGCGCUGAUCUCCGUCUGCUGCAGCCGCCCUGGUGGGAUGAGCUCAGCGAACUGUCACCCCCCUCGGGUGCAACAGCGACGACAAGUGGCAAGCGGAAGACGUCGACAGCAGUGGCAGAGGCCAUGCCCGUGCCCAGUGGCAACAUAGUGUACCCAAAGGUGGGCGCAGGAACGCAACUCACUUUUGUGGCCACACGGUAUGAUGGCAAGCUGCCCACAGCACCGCCCACACCCACGUCCAGCUCCCAGCAGCAGCAGCAGCAGCCGCAUCCGAAACAAGAAGAGUAUUACCGGACGACGGCAACGUCACCGUUCCAGAGCGGAGUGGUGCCAGCGGCGCGACCGCCCUUGGGGCUGGGAGGCCAUGUGGAACAGACGAGCGCCACGGGGCCGACGGCGGUGCAGGUGAACGGCCUGCCGGACAUAGUGAUCUCUCCGGGAAGCAAUGGGCAGCAGCACCUGAAAACCCAACAGCAGCAGCAGCAGCAGCAGCAAGCGUCGCGUAGCUACGACGACUACGAAUCGGAUGACGAGCUGAAUGUGGUGGGCAUUGGGUAUUCGCCGGCUGCCGGUGACCUGGACACGGAGAAGAUGAGCGCCUGCAGCAAACGGAGCAGCAUGCAGAGCCGCGGCAGUACGUCCAGUCUAUUCGAUCAGAGGCUCACACCACGAUCUCAUCCAGCAACUCCAAGAUCUCAGGCUACUACGCCGCAUCGCUUCAAGAAGGGCGACAUCGUGGAAUCGGAGUCCGGCGUGCGCAAGAAGUACAAUGGGAAGCAGUGGCGUCGCCUCUGUAUGCUCUGCACGAAGGAAUCUCAGAGGAGGGGCUUCUGUUCGAGGCAUUUAAAUCAGAAGGGUAACAAUGCCCUGCCCUCGUCCACGGGUCCGAAUCGCCUACUGAGUGAUAGUCGUUCGAGCAGCAAGACACAGAUCGAUGAGGACACCUCACGAGACUCGGAGACAUCGCCCAACUAUCGGGUCAAGGGUCGCUACGAUCAGGAGGACACCGAUGCGGCCGCCGUGCUAGUAUCCCUGAGCAGUUCACGCUCGGCCACGCCAUCGUAUACAUCACCCGUGAAUCAUGCCGGCGCCUCGCCGCUAAAUGCCAUCGCCCACUCGCCGGUCAAUGUGUCCUCGAACCACCACAGGCAGAACUUUUUCACGCCCAUUGCUGCCACCAAUCAAUCGCAGCAGCAGCAGCAACAACAACAACAACAACCUGCCGCCGUGACAUCUGUGGCAUCGAUUGGCCCUUUGGAUACGGGAAAAUGGAAGACUACACCCAGUCCGGUCCUGUACAAUGCCAACAACAACAGCAGCAGCAGCAACAACAACAACAACAACAACAAUGGCUGGGAGGGGAACAGCAACAACAGUGGAGCAUCUGGAAAUGGAACAGGAGGAGGAGCAGGAGGAACACAGCCACUGCCAAUGCCACCACAAACAACGCCCGUGUCUCUGGUUAUGCAUGCCCCACCGCCGCAGCAGCAGCAACAGCACCAGCAGCAUCAACAUCAACAACCACCUGCCGCACACCUCAAUGCACUGCCAGGACCUGGAGCGCCGCCCAGCAGUGUGGGGCAUGCCACCAGCGUGAUACGCAUCUCCAGCAGCCAGCAACAGCAGCAGCAGCAGCAGCAGCAGCAGCAGCAACAACAGCAUCCCCACCCUCACGUGGUUGUGUCGCAGAAUCAAACGUUUCAUCCCGUGAUUGUAGAUGCCACGCAGCUGACAGUGACGUCCAUGCCGGUGCAGUCCAUUAUGCAGCAGCAGCAGCAACAGCAACAACAGCAGGUGCCGCACACUUCGGUUUCAUUUCAUCAGCCCAACACGCCUACCAACACCACCUCUGUGGCAGUCACGUCGAUAGUGCAUGGCCACGGACACGGACACGGGCAGGAGAAGGUGUUGCCAAAAAACGGCUACAAUGCGCCUAGCCAUCCCUGGUACAAGAUUCUGCCACAAAUGCCACCCAUGACCAAGGCGCCACAAGGUCCGGCCACACCAACAACGACAACGACCGCCAGCAACUACAGCGUGGUCAUGAUGCAUCAACAGCAGCAGCAACAACAGCAGCAGCCAUCGCCUCUGCAGAGCCCACUCGGAGGAGUUGCUGUCCAGCAGCAGCAGCAACAGCAGCAGACGUCUCUGAAUCACAACAACAACCAUAUGAUCGUGCCCAAUCCCUUGUCAUCGCCCGGAAAGCCGCUCAACUGCUCCAUGAACGAUGCCAAAGUGGCAGCAGCUGCUGCAGCAGCAGCCGCCGCGGCAGUAACCCAUCAGCAGGUGGCGGAGGAGCAGGAUGAUCAGCUGGACGAUGAUGUGUUUGAAUCCACUCCAACGCCCACUCCGGCCACAACCAAUGGAAAGAAGCAGACGGCAGCCAUGAGGCUGCAAACGUACACCAGCAACAGCAACAUCCGCAAGCUGGAGGAGUGCCAUGACGACGGGGCCAAUGGAGGAGCACCCAUCACGUCGGCUGCCAAGCGUCGGAGUCAAUCCCUGAGCGCCUUGCAGCAGCAGCAGCAGCAGGCAGCGCAACAGCAGCAGCAGCAGCAGCAGGCGGCAGCAGCAGCAGCGGCAGGGGGAGCAGCGGCCGGGCAGCCAGUGGCAGCAAACAAGAAGAUACGCAGGCCGAUGAAUGCGUUCAUGAUCUUCUCGAAGAAGCAUCGCAAGAUGGUCCACAAGAAGCAUCCAAAUCAGGACAAUCGAACGGUCAGCAAGAUCCUCGGGGAAUGGUGGUAUGCCCUGAAGCCGGAGCAGAAGGCCCAGUACCAUGAGCUGGCGACCGUCGUCAAGGAUGAGCAUUUUAAGCAGCAUCCCGAAUGGAAAUGGUGCAACAAGGAUCGCCGCAAGUCCUCCACCUCGACGGCUGCUGGCAAGGCAGGAGGAGCAGCUGGUGCUGCGGCUGCCGCAGGCGACGCCAAAUCGCGCCUGGCCUCGGUGGAUGGCUCCGAUUCGCUGGAGCACGACAUGUGCCCCAAUACGCCGGGCGGUCAGGGCCACUCCGAACACCAGGGCGACAUCAUCCCACUGACGAUUGACAACUACAACAGCGCCUGUGAUGAAGCGCCCACCACGAUCUCUGGCAAGGGAGGAAAACUCCUCAAGAAUGAACUGCACUCGGAUGAGGAUGAGCAAAUGCUGUUGACGGAGGAGCCACCCUCCAAGAAGCUCGAUCUGCAGUGCCGCGAACGUGUGAACGAUUCGGACAUGGACGAUGCCCCCUACGAUUACCGCAAGCAGCAGCAGCAAGAAAAAGUUCAGCGCUCGCAGGAUGAUCAUGCGGUUGGUGCCAAUGGCCAGGCCAUGACUGCACCGCCAACCACCGGUGGGGAUCGCGAGAUUACGCUCAAGCCAAAGGCAAUCAAGGCCCAUCCGGUGCUGGAGAGCACCAUGCUGCCAUAUCCCCAGAUGUCGAUCUAUACACAGUACACUAGUCCCAAGAAUCCAAUCGGUGUAACACCAUUCCAACCCACAGGCGGCGCCUUCAAGUCUAUGCCUAUCAGCCCCAAGGGCUGCAGCAGCAAAGCCGAUGAGGCAGCCACACUGCAGCCACAUAUCAAGCAGGAGGACAUUAAACAGGAGCCACCAUCGCCAUAUAAACUGAACGGUGGCUCGGUCUCGGCAUCAGGUGUGGUCAGCAGUGCACCACCGCCCAAUAGUGGCGGCAGUGGUGUGGGAGCCAUCUUCAAUUUCAAUGUGCCAACAGCGACGGCCCUCAGCCAGAAGCAGUUCCAGUAUCCGAUGCAUCACUCGCAUCGCAGUCCCACGGAUCUGAGAGCCGCCCAUCAGGCAUGUGUGCCCUCAUCGCCGGCGGCCAUGAGUCUGGGACAUGCCGCCAAUAUGGCCACACCACCGGCCUCCGCACCAGCACAGAUAAUGGGAGCAGGUCCGGCGCCAGGCCAAAAGAUGUUCUUUGCCAUGACAAGUCAGUACCCCUUGCUGCCGCGAUCCCAUCAACCGGGUACACCUUCGCUGGAGCAUCUGCAGCUGGAGGCCUUUGCGGGCAGCUAUAUAUUCAAGAAUCACAACGGACUGCCGCCACCAGUUAGCGCUCAACCGACAAUGCUGCUCCAUGGGUAUACGCCCAGUCACAGCGCAGAGCCGCCAGCGAGUUCGCCCUCGUACAAGUCGAUGCCCUCCACCCCGAAGUCGGCGACAUAUCACAUGAGUGCACCGCCAGAGCGUGCCAGCCAUGAAGGAGGAGGAGCGACGGCUGGAGGCGAUGAGAGCGACAUGGAUGCAGAUGGCCAGCAGUUUGUAUUGGCCCCAACGCCAGCACAAUUGGGACGAGCACCGCUGCAGCGGCGCAAGAAUUUAUCUCAAAGCAAAUCGGAGAGCAAUGUUUCGUUUGGAGCGAAUCUGGGUGCCAGCAACGGGGGACAGCACAUCAGUCGAAAGUUGCACUCACCCACAACGAUGGAUGUCUCGUCGCCCAUCAUUGGCCAUGUGAAUAGUUCCAGCCUCAGCUCGGCACUGCCCACGCCCACCUCCUCGACGACGACACCCAAUAGCGAUGAGCAACUGCCUCUGACGCCCACAACGAGCAACAGCAACAGUCAGCCCAAGUCUCCGUUGAAGGGAGUCUCGGCUGGAGCUGCAGCAACAGCGGCAGCGGUGGCCCACAAAAAGAAGAACGAUGAAUUGAAUAACAGUGUACUCAAGCAGGUGGACUUUGAGAAGAAAUACAAGGCACUGCCGCAGUUCCAGCCAGAGGAUUGCCAGUCGCCCAGUGCCAUAGCUGUGCCGUCCUCGCCGCGAGUUUACGGAACCAACUACCGCAAGAAGAACACAGCACCAGUGCCAGUGCAGAAGCUAAUUUGCGAAGAUGAUUCCAUUGAUGAGCCCGCAUCGGCACCGCCAACCACAACGCAGCGCUUCUUUGGGCCCGACUUUAACAACGAGCUGAAGGAUCAAUGUUUCGCAGAACUGGAAAGCACGGAUCAGACGGGACGUUCGCCACGGACGCCCAAGACGCCGCUGCAGAGUGCAAGAUCGGAUGCCAGCGAGAAGGGGCAUCGCAAGGUGUUGGAAACGCGUCGCAAUUUGGUCAUGCAGUUGUUUAACGUACACGGCAACUUCCCAACAGCACAGGCCACAAUCGCCUUUCAGACCAAGCACAUUGAUGUGUUUCCGCGCAAACAGGAUCUGCAGCUGAAGAUACGCGAAGUGCGACAAAAGUUGCUGGGACAGGCAUCCUGCACACCGCACUCGGCCGGCCCCAAUACACCGUCCGACUCGAAUUCGUCGUCUACACUGAGCGCCAAUAGUGCACACACCAAUAUUGCGACACCGAAUGCGGCAGGUGUGAAUCCUCAACAGAAGGAGCAGCAGCAGGACUUGGAACAGCAUCCUCAGAGCAAGGCAAAUGAAACGUAGAAGAAUGGAAGGAAGGAGGAAGGAAGCACAGGAUACGACAACCGAUUGUUUGCUGCCAAAAGUGACAACAUUACUUAACGAUAGAGUAAACUCAACGAAAGCAGCAGAAACAGCAACAGCAACAGCAGCAACGCACACUCACAAAAAGGAAGAGAAAAAAUCCAGCAGCAGCAGAUACAGAUACACAUAAACAUACAGCUCAUGCAUGAGAUGCAUAUGGAUGUUUAACUAGUUUUUAUUCAAACAAAAAAAAAGAAAAUAGAGAGAAAAAAUUACAAAUUUUUAAUUACAAUAGGCAUACAAUACGAGUAAUACAAUACAAUACAAUAUACAAUAUGUACACCAAGCAACAAAGAUAUCGCGAUAGGAGAAAGCCCGAUUACGAAUGAAUUUAUUAAGCAGCUUAAUAAAUCGGAAGAUCAUAGAGGAGAAGGAUGGAUGCGUGGAUAGUAGAGGGACAUUUUUGAAUAAUUGGAACUUUUGAAGCACAUUUGAAGUACAUGCAUACCACAUACAGAAUAAAAGAAUUGAGUAGUAGAGAGCAUAAAUACAUAAUGGAACGAUUGUAUAAUCCCCCGCUUAAAACAAUUAGGUUGAUAAUUUACAGAAAGAACUGCAAGGAGGAGACGGAGGAGAUUGAAGUAGCUUUAACCUUAAAUUGCACAUUAAUUUUUGAAGUGUAUUUAGCACAAGUAAAAAGAAGGCAAAGAAUUGUAUAAAACAAAAACAAAAAACAAAAAAACCUUGAAAAGAACACGUAGUUGUAUUGUAUAUUUAGUCAUAAAAUUUAUAACAUAAAAGAACAAAUCUACGCAAAAAAACAAAACAAAACACAAACACACUUCCACACAUCAAAAUGCUUUUAAAAUGUUUGAUUUCUGUUCUUAAACCUUUAAACCCCAUUUUAAAUUGUAUGUACAUUUUCUAAUUUAAAUUGGCUUUUUACACAUGUUGUCUUAUUGAAUUAUAAUUUAUAUAGUAUAUAAACAUUAUAUGCAUAUAUUUUUAAUAUUAUUUUAGCAUAGAGUAGACCUGUUUUUAAAUUGUACACACCGAGAAAUAAAAUAAUUAUACAUACAAUACAAUUUAUUACACAAGAACGAAAAAUGAAGGAAUAGAAACGAA